GAUCAGUCAUAACAGGAUAAGGGCCUUCCAAAUCAUCAAAGACUCCAGCUGGUGUUGGAUCACAUGAGGAUAAAGUACUGUCUGAGCAGAGACAAUGGAGGUGAAGAGCUGAAUCAUAACAACACAGUGGAAAGGGAGGAGCAAAAAGUGAAGGCUUAUAUUUCCUUUGGAGGGACACAGCUCCAGUCAUACCUGCUAAACUGUUCCCAUCACCAUCAGAAAGCAACAAAGGCAUUGUUUGGGAUAAAAUGGAUCCCAUCACCACAGCAAAUACUGAAUUUUGCCUUGAUGUGUUCAAAGAGCUGAGUAGUAGCAAUGUGGGAGCCAACAUCUUCUUUUCUCCAUUCACUACAUUUUAUGCUUUAAGCAUGCUUCUCCUGGGGGCCAGGGGAAAGAGCGAGGAGCAAAUGGAAAAGGUACUCCACUAUGACAACUUUUCAGGAUUCUUAAAAGCGAGGAUGAAAAAUUCUUCUGAGUGCAGCCAAGGUGGAAGGAUGCAUCGUGAGUUCAGAGCCCUGGUACCUCACAUUAACCAACAGAACUCCCUCAGCAUUGCUAAUAGAAUCUACGGGUCGAAGGCAAUCGAAUUUCACAAGCAAUACGUAAGAUGUUGUGAGAAACUGUACCAAGCCAAGCUGCAAACUGUUGAUUUUGAACUAUCUUCAGAAGAGGCAAGGAAAAGUAUUAAUACUUGGGUUGAAAAUAAAACUAAUGGAAAAAUCAAAAACUUAUUUGAAAAGGGUACAAUUGACCCAUCCUCGGUCAUGGUCCUAGUGAGUGCUAUAUAUUUCAAGGGACAAUGGCAACAUAAAUUCCAGAAGACAGAGACGGUGAAAGCCCCCUUUCACAUGGGUGUGGGUAAAAGUGCGGUUGUAGACAUGAUGUUUCAGACUGGAACAUUUAAGCUGGCCUUCAUAAAGGAGCCACAGAUGCAAGUCCUUGAGCUUCCCUAUGUCAACAACAAGCUAAGAAUGAUCAUCCUGCUUCCUGUAGGCACAGCCAGUGUGAGCCAGAUAGAAAAACACUUGAAUGCGAAGACGCUUCGAGAGUGGACCAACUCUUCUAACAUGGUGGAAAGAGAAGUGGAUGUUCACAUCCCUAAAUUUAGUCUUUCAGUAAAAUAUGACCUAAACACCCUAUUGAAAUCCCUAGGCAUGAGGGACAUCUUCAACGUGGCCAAAGCUGACCUCUCUGGAAUGUCACCGGACAAGGGCCUAUAUUUAUCCAAGGUUGUUCACAAGUCAUACGUGGAUGUCAAUGAAGAAGGCACGGAGGCAGCUGCAUCCACUGGGGAGAGUAUCUCUGUGAAGCGACUCCCUGUCCCAGUUCAGUUUACAGCCAAUUGUCCUUUCCUGUUCUUUAUCUGGGAUGAGUCUGACAAUAUUUUAUUUGCUGGAAAGUUUGCUUCUCCAUAGACAGAGACCAUUGUGGAGACCUCAGAAAUAGCUAACAAGUACAGGAGCAAAGGGCCUGACCAUUUCCAUCUCAGCCUUUGUUCAUCUGCAAAGCAGGUCUACCAUCACCUCAGACUGAUCCUGUGAGCUAGUGAGCCUAAGACUCUAGCAGCCAUGUUAAAAGAUCCAUUUAUACCAGCGACCUUCUGGAUUUCAUAUCUUUGAGACCUCAUCUGAGUACAGAGUGGGAUGACUGAGUUAGGAGAGAAGUUUGUAAGGGGCUAGAUGUGUUUGGUUAUUUUAUGAGUGAGAUUGUAAAUGAGUGAUUGUUACAAAUCAGAUUGAGGCGUCUACUUCAGCUCAACUUUUAAAUAUAAAUUUCCUGCAUGCCUAUGGAUUUCAGCUCAAAAUUCUACGUGGAUCAUAAUAAACGGACACAAUGCCUUUAACUCUCUGAAGAUAAGAAUAAACUAUAUCAGUUAAUUAACUGAAGGAAGGAGCUUUCUUAUUC